AAUAAGUAUGUUAAAGUUCAACCCGUUUUUACCCCCUUUUCGUUGUAGAAUAUAAUGGCAACACUGGCUUCUUUAAUGUUUAAUCGCAUUCGGCUUCAGUCUUCUUCCUAGUUCUGUUGCUGCUCGUUUGCAAAAUCAGUUGACUUUUUCGCUACUGCAACAUAAACGGACAGAAAAUUUGUGUUUUAUUGUUGCAAAAAACUUUAAAAAAAUUCUUAAAAAUCAACAAAAAAUCUUAAAAAUAUAAAAUUAAAAAUCAAAAUUAAAGAAAAAUGUGAAUUUUAAUUCGAAAUUAAAACAUCUCAAAUAAAUGAACCUGAUAAAAAAGUUUACACAAAAAAUAUUUAAAUAAAAAAAUUACGAAAUAAUUCCCGAUUUUUUCUGUAAUUACGGUUUUUGGUAAAUUAAUUUAAAAAAUUUUUUUUAAUAAAGAAAAAAAUAAAACAAAAAUUUUGUGUGGUGUAUGUGCAUUAGAAAUUUUAAGAUACGACGUGAAGAAAAACGAACAACCAAAAAAUUUUACAGUCGCCAGUCUGUUUUUCUUUCUUUUUUCAAUACUGCUCGCACUCGUUAUGUUUAAAUGGUGGAUUUUUUUGUCGAAAAGAAGACCAAGAGCUGUGUAUGAAAAAGUGUGAGAUUGUGUGAGUGCAUUAAAUGUGCUAGUGUGUGUGUGAAAAAAUAAGUUAGAGAAGAGAAAUUUAUUAACGAGUAAAGGAAUAUUAUAAACAAAAAUUUUUCUGCAAUUUUUAAUAAAAAAAAGAUAAUAGAAAGAAAUUUUAUAAAAUGGACAAAGUAUUAAAUGUCGAAAAGGCUUUAAAUUAAAACAAUUUAUCAAUAAAGGAAUGAAACAUCACAUGAAAUUAUAAAAAAAAAUACAAUUAAAAGUAAAAAAUAAAAAAUUUAUAAUGUUUAUAAAAUAUACAAAACCAAUAUCAACUUUAAAUCAUGUUACUGUGAAAGAGGAUGUGGUUCAUUGUCAGCUGCAGCACUGACUGGCGAACCAUCCAUUGUCAUCAACAGUUUCUUCAAUUUUGUUAAUUCUAACAGAAGAACAUGUAAAAAAACGCCGUAAUAAAAAAAUUAAUGAUUACAUCAAAGUACGGCAUAAAAUAAAUAUAAAAGUGAAUUUUUUGACACAAAAUGCACUCAAGCGUACUCAUAUAUAACGCUUUGGAAUACUUGUUGGAUAAUAUAGACUUCAAUUUUGUCUUAAAUAAACUGCUAAAAGAACAAUAUCUUCAUCAACAAAAAGAAAAUCAACAGAGAACGCAACAAAACAAACUAAAACAGCAGAAGGGUAGACUUCUGUUGAUAAAACAACAACAAGAACGACGUCGACGUUUACAACCUUGGCAAAUUCAAUUCCUGCUCCCACAGAUAUUUAGAUCUACAACAACAACUUCAACAGCAAAAAUAAAAUCGCCAAUACAUGUAGCAGCAGUAUCAACACGUACAACUUUUAAUUUACAAAAAAUAUCGAGUUAAACUACCAAACAACAUCAAAGAAGUUCCUCUCUUCUUUUUCUGAAUAAUUCUAUGCAAAAGUUGUUCAAAACGUCUACGUCGUUUAAUUAAAAAUAAAACUUACAUCAAAAUAAACAUUUAAAUAAUAAACUAAAGUGAAAUAGAACAAAAAAAAAAACACAAAAAAGAAGUGUUUAAAACUUAAAAGCUAAAUUUGUUAAACAAAAUCUAAAAUCGCAAAAUACAUACAUUCUGAAUGAUGGCUGAUCAUAUGGAAGAACCGCCCCAGAAGCGGGUCAAAAUGGAUGAAUUGUUCUUAUUAGAAGAAAAUUUGCCCGAUGAGUUAGUAUCAUCGUGGGGCGAUCCAGGUACUGGUGGUCCCAAUGGUCCUCCCAAUCAUGGACUGGGUGUAAAUGUGGUCGGUGGGCCUAAUAAACCUCCUGCACAAGGACCCGGACCAGGUGGUCCUGGUCCCCAAUUAAAUGGAUCCGUAGAUGAUGGCAGUGUUGGUAAUCAAGGUCCAGGCGGUGGUAAUCCUUUAAGACAAAUGCAACAUCAUCAACAUUUACAACAUUUGCUACAGCAACAGGGUAAUAAAAAUCCGGGUAUGGUUGGCAAUCCCAUGGGUGCCGGUGGCAUGAACCAGUUAGGCAGCAAGUCACCCAAUUUACAAUCACCGAAUACUGGAGGCAUGCAAGUGAAUGUUGGCCAAAUGUGUGGCAUGGUAAACUCAAUGCCAAUGUCUAUAUCUAAUAAUGGCUCACAAAUGAAUUCAAUGCCAGGAAUGAACACAAUUGCCCAAGGUAACAUGGGUAAUAUGGUGCUAACCAAUAGUGGAAUGGGUGGCAUGGGAUCAGGUAUGAUAAAACAACAAAUUGGUUCCGGACCUGGUGGUAUGAUGAAUGCUGGCCCCGGUGUCGGUCCUGUUGGUCCAGGUAACAUGGGUCCAGGCAGUGUGGGAGGUCCCAAUCAAGGAAUGCAUAUGGGCGGACCAGGUCACCCACAAGUUAUGCAAAAUGGACCUAUGAUGCGUAUGGUAGGACAACAGCACAUGAUACGUGGUCCAAAUCCACAUCUAAUGAGUGGAAAUGGGCCUGGCGGUGUUGGAGGUGGAGGUCCACGUAUGCAGAAUCCAAAUAUGCAAAUGGGUCAAAUGAAUAAUAUGGUUGGUGGCGGUGUUGGCCCGAAUGGACCCUAUGGCGGUGGGGUUGGAGUCGGUGUCGGCAACGUUGGCAACUAUGGAGGACCUGGAGGUCCUCAGGGCGGUAUAAAUGUAAAUGCUAAUAACCCACAACAGCAAAUGUUAGCACAACAAAUGGCAGCACAACAUGGAGGUGUACCUCCAAAUAUGACGGCUGCUAUGCAACAAGGCAACCGUGGACCUGGGGGUGUUCCCAUUGGUAUGGGUGGGGGCGGUGUCGGUGGUGAUGGCGGUGGUGCUGGUUUAAUCAGUGGUCCUCAGCAACAAAUGAACAACGCUCAAAUGAAUCCUAACCAACAGCAAAACCCACAAGGCGGCUUAAUGGGUCCUGGCGGUAUGGGUAUUCGACCACCUCAAGGUGGUGUGGGGCCAGGCGGUCCACAACAAAACGCCAUGAUGAUUCCGCAGCAGCAGCAACAACAGCAACAGGGUCCGGGAACUUCGCAGCAGGGUGGCAAUUCUGGUGGGGGUGCAGCUGGAGGAAGCGGUACGGCAGGAACAGGCAAUCAACAUAUCACGGACGAGCGCAAAAAACAAAUCCAACAACAACUUAUGUUGUUACUUCAUGCCCAUAAAUGUAAUCGACGCGAUAGUAUCAACCCAAAUCGUGAGAAAUGUAACGUUCCGUACUGUAAACCAAUGCAGGAUGUAUUGACGCACAUGGCUACUUGCAAGCAAAGCCGAGACUGUACUGUACAACACUGUAUAUCGUCUCGUCAAAUUCUGCUACAUUACAAGACAUGCUCACGUCCGGAUUGCGUAAUCUGUUUCCCAUUCCGUCAAAGCCACGCUUACCAAAACAAUAAUCCAAAUGCGAGUGGUGCUGGAAAUGCCGGCCCGAACAAUGCCAGUCAACAACAGCAGCAACAACAAGGCCAACAAGGCGCUAAUGACAAACAAGGUCCUGGAGUCAUUGGACCUCAACACGUGGGAGGUCCACAACAGCCAGGAGGUGUGCAACAAGUCGGUGGUGCUCCAAACGUUGUUACGGGAGGGGCGGGUAUGUCUGGUCCGGGAGUAGGUCCUAAUCAGGGUCAAAUGAAUAUGAAACCUAAUGCAGAUAUUAAUCAACAAAUGCAAAAUGCCGGCCAGAAUCCAAAUCAAGAAAUACGCAGAUUUGACAGCAUGGGUAUGCAAAGUGCUGUAGGAAAUGCCGGUGGUCCCAAUAGCAUGCUGCAGGGUAAUUCUGUAAAUCCACAACAACAACAAAUGCAGGGUAUACGCAUGGCAGGAGUACCUCAGCCAGUACGUGUCAUGUCGGCUCAAGUGGGUGCUCCUGGCGGAGGUGUUCCUGUUGGACCAACAUCCGGAGGUAACAGUGAUCAAGUUGCAAUGCGGCAAGUUGUAAACAAUUUGCUAAUAAGUGGAAGUGGCAAUGGAUCUGUACCGGAUGCCCUACAAAAUCAACAACAACAACAGCAGCAGCAACAAAUGAUGCUUCAGAGUGCAGGACCACGAAUCACACAAACACGACUAUCCGAUUUACUAAAACCGGGGACAAAGCUUCCGACAGAUCCCAGUCAAGUUCAACAAAAUGCAGUUAAUCAACAACAGCAACAAUCGAACAUUCCCUUGUCGGUUAAUGUACAUAACAGUUUUAACAAUUCAAAUUUGAACACACUUUUGGGAGGUGGAAAUUCUGGUGAUAUGGGCGGCCCUGUUACCGGCGGACCACCUAACAAGCAGUUAACACCUCAAGAAAUGGCUAAAAUGAAAAUGCAAGCCCAGGCUGGUGGUGUGGGUAGCGGUCCAAACAAUACUCCGCCAAACAAUGUGUCAGCAGCAGGAAAUACUAAUGUUCCAGGCGUUAUGAGUGGAGGAGGAGUGUCAAACGUAUCGGGAAAUAAUGCUUUACCAGGCGGUAUUUCAGCGAAUGCGCAGAAUGCAGGAGCUCCUGGAGGCAGUGGUGGUAACAAUGGUGGCAGUGAAGAAAAUAAAGAUUGGCGAGAACUCGUUACUGAUGACCUUCGCAAACAUUUGGUACACAAACUAGUUCAAGCAAUAUUUCCUACAUCUGACCCAGCUACAAUGCUAGACAAACGCAUGCAUAACCUCGUUUCAUAUGCUGAAAAAGUAGAAAGAGAUAUGUAUGAAAUGGCAAAAUCACGAUCGGAGUAUUAUCAUCUUUUGGCUGAAAAGAUUUAUAAAAUCCAAAAAGAAUUGGAAGAGAAGCGUCUUAAAAGAAAGGAGCAACAGAUGCUUCAGAUGCAGCAACAGCAACAGGGCGGUGGUGCUGGUGGUGCAGGUCCCAGUAAUGUAGGUGGAGCUGGUGGUGUGGGUUUAGCCGUUGGCGGACAGCAAUUACCGCCAGGACAUCCACAAGCGCAACAACAGCUGCAGCAACAGAUAAGACCUAUGGUAAGCCCCAUGGGUGGAGCUGUUGGUCCAGGUGGACCUGGUCCAAACCAAGGAAUGCCAAUGGGGCCAGCAGGUAUGAUGCAGCAACUAAGAGGCCAAACUCCUGGCAAUGUAGGUGGCAUGAUGCCCGGUCAGAAUAUGGCUGGCAUGCGCAGUCACUCACCUGGUGGAAAUAUACUGGCGUUACAACAGCAACAACAACAACGAAUGCAAUUCCCUCAACAACAAGGCAGCAUGUUAGUUGGUCCUCCUGGUCCUAGUCCUGGCGGUAAUAGUAUGAGUAGUGGUGGCAUACCAACAUCACAGCAAAACAUGGUGGUGCCAAAUCCGGUGCUAUCUCCCUUUACUGGUCAAGCAAUGCAAGGACAGCCGGGAACAGGUGGUGUUGCUGGAGUUUUAACCAGCCCCAUACCGGGCCAGCAGCAACAGUUCAUGAAUUCUAAUGGAGGAACUGGAGCACAUACCACACAGCAACUGAAUGAGAUAAUGAAGCAACGAAUGCUGCAACAGCAACAACAACAACAGCAGCAGCAACAACAACAGCAGCAUCAGCAACAAAGUGGAAUGCUUUUGCCUCAAUCACCUUUCAAUAACACCAACUCUCAAAUGCAACAACAACAAAAUACCUUUACAUCACCAAUGUCCCAGCAGCAGCAACAACAACAGCAACAGAAACAAAAUAUGAUGUCGACUGCAGGCAUGGGAAAUAUGCCUCCAACACCAACAAGUAUAGAAUCGCUAACAGCGGCUAGUGCGGCGGGACCAACUGGUGUAACAAAUAGCACAGCAUCCGCAACAGUAGGUGCCGCAGGCGGCAUGGUAGCGGCACCAAGUCCUUCGCCUAAUUUUGCAUCAAAUGGACCACUAGGAACGCCCCUAAAUAAUCCGCCAUCCGUUCCGUCUCUCAUGCAAUCUCUUGGUGAUCGGGGAAGCACGCCACCAUUAAAUCCUACAUCUCCCGCCUCUGCAAAUACUGUGUCGUCAGGUGUUUCUGUUACGGCUGGCUCUGGCAGUGGUAUCCAACAACCACCUGCCACAUCAACACCCACGUCUGUAUCAACAUGUUCGACUGGCUCAACUUCAACAACCACCACAACUACAACAUCUUCAUCAUCAUCAACAUCUACUACCUCUAUAACUGCAACAUCAGGCGCAGUGACCGUCACAUCGUCAUCGUUGUCAUUGUCAUCGUCAGCAGAAGCUAGCGUUUCUAGCAAUGGCCUAGCACAAAAUCAACAACAAAUGUCAACUAUGGGUAAAGGAAGUGCUGGAACAACUUCUACCUCAACAACCAGUACAUCCUUGUCGUCGACGCGUCCCUCAGCUAGCAGCAGUAACAGCCUUUCUUCGCAAAUGGCUGCUCUCGAGGCUGCGGCACGUGACAAUGAUGAUGAUCCUCCAACGUCUCCCAAUGGAGAUUCCCAAAAUGCAGGCGGUGGAAAAUCUUCCAAAGGCAAGUUGGAUUCAAUUAAACAAGAAGAUGAUAUUAAGAAAGAGUUCAUGGACGAUGGAAGUGGAGGUGAUAACUCGCAACAAGAGUCUUCAGCUGGUGUUGGCAAAAAUGUAAACAACGACGGCACCGCCAAAUUGGAAAUAAAAUCCGAAGACGGCGAUAUGAAGAUUAAAACCGAACCAAUGGAAGUCGAAGAUUCGAAUGCAAACUCGGGCGGUGCCGGUGGUGAUACUGCAAUGUGUACAUCAAGUGGAGAUAGUAAAGAUGCUAAGCCGAUGACAGAUGGCAGCAGUGCUAGUGGAGAUGUUAAAGUAAAAACUGAAACGAAACCUGUUGUACCAGAGCCCCUUAUGCCCAAUGCUGGUGACAAAAAGAAGAAAUGUGUUUUCGAUCCAGAAGAGCUUAAGCAAGCUUUAUUACCGACAUUAGAAAAACUCAUUCGACAUGAGCCCGAAUCAGUGCCAUUCCGUUAUCCAGUUGAUCCACAAGUACUCGGUAUACCCGACUACUUUGAGAUUAUUAAAAAGCCCAUGGAUUUGGGAACGAUACGCAACAACCUUAUGAAUGGAAAAUACAAUGAUCCGUGGGAAUAUGUCGAUGAUGUCUGGUUAAUGUUUGACAAUGCAUGGUUAUAUAAUCGUAAAUCAUCAAAAGUUUACAAAUAUUGUACAAAGCUUUCCGAAGUAUUUGAACAAGAAGUAGACCCUGUGAUGCAGGCUUUGGGAUAUUGUUGUGGACGUAAAUACACAUUUAAUCCUCAAGUGUUAUGCUGUUAUGGUAAACAGUUGUGUACUAUACCUAGAGAUGCCAAAUACUACAGUUAUCAAAAUAGUCUAAAGGAUUAUGGCGUAUCCUCAAACAGAUAUACCUUCUGCCAGAAAUGUUUCAAUGACAUUCAAGGGGACACAGUUACACUCGGUGAUGAUCCAUUGCAAUCUCAAACUCAAAUUAAAAAGGAUCAAUUUAAAGAAAUGAAAAAUGAUCACCUUGAACUAGAACCAUUUGUCGAUUGCAUGGAGUGUGGUCGAAAGCAACAUCAAAUAUGUGUUUUAUGGCUGGAUUCAAUAUGGCCAGGUGGUUUUGUUUGUGACAAUUGUUUGCAGAAGAAAGAUUCCAAACGGAAAGAAAACAAGUUCAACGCCAAACGUUUACCCACAACAAAACUGGGUAUUUACAUAGAAACUCGUGUUAAUAACUUCCUUAAGAAAAAAGAAGCUGGUGCCGGUGAAGUUCAUAUACGUGUUGUAUCCUCAUCAGAAAAAUGUGUAGAAGUGAAACCUGGAAUGCGCAGACGAUUUGUUGAAAAUGCUGAAAUGAAUUCGGAAUUUCCUUACAGAGCCAAAGCACUAUUUGCCUUCGAAGAGGUGGACGGUAUAGAUGUAUGUUUCUUUGGCAUGCAUGUGCAAGAGUAUGGUUCCGAAUGCCCGGCUCCGAAUACAAGGCGAGUUUACAUUGCCUACUUGGAUUCUGUACACUUCUUUAGACCGAGACAGUAUCGUACUGCGGUAUACCAUGAAAUUCUGUUGGGUUAUAUGGACUAUGUUAAACAACUGGGUUAUACAAUGGCCCACAUCUGGGCUUGUCCACCGUCGGAAGGUGAUGAUUACAUAUUCCAUUGCCAUCCUACGGAUCAAAGAAUACCUAAGCCCAAACGCUUGCAGGAGUGGUAUAAGAAGAUGUUGGAUAAGGGCAUGAUUGAACGUACUAUACAGGAUUAUAAAGAUAUUUUGAAACAAGCCAUUGAGGAUAAAUUAACAUCUGCUGCCGAAUUACCUUAUUUUGAAGGUGAUUUUUGGCCGAAUGUUCUAGAGGAGAGCAUAAAAGAAUUGGACCAAGAAGAAGAGGAAAAAAGAAAACAAGCAGAAGCCGCUGAAGCAGCAGCAGCUGCGGCAGCAAAUAUUUUCUCAAUGGAAGAUACUGAAGUUAGUGGUGAUGGUAAAAAGAAAGGGCAAAAGAAGGCUAAAAAAUCCAAUAAAUCUAAGGCUGCGCAACGUAAAAGCAAUAAAAAAUCGAAUGAACAACAAGCUGGCAAUGAUCUCUCUGCUAAAAUUUAUGCCACAAUGGAGAAACACAAGGAAGUAUUCUUUGUUAUACGUCUUCACUCUGCACAAUCUGCAGCUAGUUUAGCGCCCAUACAAGAUCCUGAUCCUUUAUUGGCGUGUGACCUUAUGGAUGGCCGUGAUGCAUUCCUUACUUUGGCUCGUGACAAGCACUAUGAGUUCUCAUCUUUACGCAGAGCUCAGUUCUCCACUUUAUGCAUGUUAUAUGAGUUACAUAAUCAAGGGCAAGAUAAAUUUGUUUACACUUGCAACAAUUGUAAAACUGCAGUGGAAACUCGAUACCAUUGCACAGUUUGUGAUGACUUCGAUUUGUGUACUCUGUGUAACGAAAAAGUUGGGCAUCCACACAAAAUGGAGAAACUUGGUUUCGAUUUGGAUGACGGUUCAUCGCCAGCUGAUCUUAAACAAGCUAAUCCCCAAGAAGCUCGCAAACAAUCAAUACAACGUUGUAUUCAAUCAUUGGUACAUGCGUGUCAAUGUCGCGAUGCUAAUUGUCGUCUACCUUCGUGUCAAAAGAUGAAGAGAGUAGUACAACAUACCAAAAACUGCAAGAGGAAAACCAAUGGUGGUUGUCCUAUAUGCAAACAGUUGAUUGCGUUAUGCUGCUAUCAUGCCAAACAUUGUCAAGAGCAAAAGUGUCCAGUGCCUUUCUGUCCAAACAUCAAACACAAACUCAAACAACAACAAUUACAACAAAAGCUACAACAACAGCAAUUGUUACGGCGACGCGUGGCUCUUAUGUCUCGGACUGUUACAGCGCCAGCAGCUCUACCAGGUCCAGCUGGUCCUGUUGUAGGUCCUGGCGGUGUACCAGUGGCUGCUGUUGCCUUACCAAGUGUUGGAGUAAAUCCACCUGUAAUGGGUGGACAACCGGCAAUAAUGCCAGCGGGUGCAGGUGCCAUGAGCCCUUCUACGGUACCGGUACCCUCACCAGUGGCUCCACCAAUAGGAGGAGGGGGUGGUAUGACAUCUCCCCAUCCACAUCAGCCUGGUAUUGGUAUGAAACCUGGAGGUGGUCAUUCACCUUCACCCAAUGUACUGCAAGUUGUUAAACAGGUUCAGGAAGAGGCUGCACGUCAACAAGUCCCUCAUGGCGGCGGUUUCGGUAAGGGUGGCGCAAUGGCUCCGCCCGUUAUGCAGCGCCAUCAUAUGGCUGGAUUACCAAGUCAAGCAAAUCCUGGAAUGGUAGGAAAUGUGGGUAAUGUUAGUGGUGUUGCCAAUGUCGGGCAGAUGGGUCCCGGUGGAAGCAAUGUAAUGGGUAAUAAUCUGUUACCGAUGGAUCAAUGGGGCGCAAAUCGAUAUCCCAACAAUGCUAAUCAAGGCAUGCGCCAACCUAAUCAAAAUCAAGUUAUGCAACAAAACGCAAUGCAGCAACAGAGUAUGAUGGGUGGUAUGGUGGGAGCUAGCGGUUCGCAACAAAUGGCCGGUGGUGCUGGUAAUAUGCCUGGUAAUGCACAGGGUGUUGGCGGCAUGAGUGGAAAUGGAGGCAUGGUUCCUAUGGGUGGUUCAGGACCUAUGGGAGGUCCUGGAGGUAUUCGCCCACAAGGACAACAUCCAAAUGCAGGCGGUGUUGGUGGUUCGGGUCAAAUGCCCAACGGACCAUUAAACGCACAAUUAAAUACUCAACAGCUUGCUCAAAUCAUGCAAAAAAUUAAAAAUAAUCCCACCAAUGAAGGUCACCAACAAAUCCUACAAGUUUUAAAACAAAAUCCACAAAUAAUGGCUGCUAUUAUUAAGCAAAGGCAACAAAGUCAAAAUAACAAUGCUGGACAACAAGGAGGUGGUAGUGGUGGUGCUGCCGGAAAUGGCCCUCAACAACAACAGCAGCAGCAACAACAACAAGUUUUGCAGCAACAACAACAACAGCAAAUGCAACAUAUGAUGAACCAACAGCAAAUGCCUCAAGCUAAUCAACAAGUAAUGAUGCAAGCCCAGCAACAAAAUCCUGGACAACAUCAACGCAUGCCAGGAAUGCAAAAUCCAAUGAUGAUGCAACAACAGCAACAAGGACAAGCCUCCAACUCACCUUGGUUUAAAAUGCAGAUGCGUCAAAUGCCUAACUAUCCUCCACCAUAUAGACAGCGUGCACCUCAGCAAAUGGGUGGAGUUGGUGCUGGUGGUCAACAGUUUGGUGGUGUCGGAGGCUUUGGUGGAGCUGGAGGAGGCGUGGGUGGUCCUACUGGCAAUCCUGUCGAUCAAUACGCUGUCAUGCAACAGGGUCUGAAACCUUCACCACAGCAACAGAUGGGUGGUGGUAUGCCCGGAGUUCAACAACAGCAAAUGAUGCAAGGAGCCGGUGGUAUGGUAGGCGGGCCAAAUGUUAUGGGACCGCCAACACCUCACACGCUGCAACAACAGCUUAUGCAAUCAUCUAGAUCAUCGCCGCCCAUAAGAUCACCACAACCAACACCCUCACCCCGCUCCGCACCCUCGCCUAGAGCUGGUCCCUCAGCCUCGCCAAGAGCACAACCAUCUCCACACCAUGUAAUGAGCCAUUCACCCGCGCCACAAGCACCCCAUGACGGUAUGCACAAUCAUGGAGGUAUGCACCCACACCAAUCACCAUUGCCAGGAGUUCCGCAAGAUGUCGGCGUAGGUGGUGUUGGAGGAGUGGUGGGCGGUCCCGGAGGCCCCGUCUCCGAUGCCUCCGAUCAACUGACCAAAUUUGUAGAACAACUUUAGUGUAAUUAGCUAAUGGCAGCGGCUCAAGCCUUCCAAUCACCUCCCCAACCUCAACCUCCUCCAUCUCCCCAUAGCAGCCGCUUUAAUAUAAAUCAUCAACAACACCGAUAUUUUUAGAAACAACUAACUACUACUUAUUUCUGUAAAAAAUUUACAAAACUAAACAAUUCAACAUAUACAAUGACAUUUAAAAACAAAUCUAGUUUUCUUUUAAAAAUUAGUAACAAUACUUUCGUUAAGAUUUUCAUCAAUCAAUUCACUUUAUACCUUUGUUUGCGCAAAGAAAAGUUUUAUUUGUUUCACUUCCUCCUAUUUCGUUCAAUAUUUUCUUGUUUGCGUAAUUUAAGUUUCAUAUAAUAACAUUUAAAAUGUUUUUAUGAUUAUAAUAAUUUUUAAUACAAUUAAAAAGUUGGAAAAGUAAUUUUUUGUUUUAUUAUAAUAUUUUCAAUAGAGGUUUCAGUUGUCAUGCUUUUCCAAACAAUAUAUAUAUAUAUUUUUGUUUUUUAUUAAUUUGAGUUUUUUUUUUAAUAUUUAAAUGAUAAAAAUCUUCCUUCCAAACGUAAUUUUAUAAAUAGUUAUACAUUGUUUUCUUUAGUUUUCACCAAAUGAAUACUAUUAUUAAUAAUAAUUAAAUGGCUUAUACAUAUUAAAAAUUAAACACAUUAUUCAUCUAUAUACAAUACAAUAUAAAUAAAACAACAAUAUACAUGCAUAAACGCCUCUAGCUUUAGUAAAACAAAAAUAAUUUUAAAAAUCUAAAAUAUUAAUUAAAAUGUAAGUUUUAGAUUCUAGGCAUUUUAUACUUUUCUCUAUAUAUAGUAUAUUAUUUAUAAUUCAUAAGACGAAAAUGUUUAUUUUUAGCACUUUGAGCUAUACAUAUUAAAAACUAAAAAAAAGAAAAAAAAUCACAAAAAAUUUGAAAAUAGCUUGUAAUAAUUAUAAUUUAAUGAUUAUAGAGAAGAAUAUGCUAGUAUGUAAUAUGAUAAUAAGAUACAUGUAUUUAAAAUAAAUUGAUUAAUAUAACAGCUUUUAAGUAAUUUAAUUAAACUUUUCUUCCCCCUAAUAGAUUUGUUAAAAAAAAAAGAAAAAAAAAACUAAAAAUUAUUUUGUAAAUAUAUUUUUUUAAUUUAAGAAAAUUUAAUGUUAAAUAUAUAUAAAUAUAACAAAAAAAUGACAAAAAUAAUUUCAUAUAGAAAUCUCUUAAGAAGUUUGAAAAAUUACACUACCUACUAAAAUAUCAAAAAAAAAAAAAAAAAAAGGAGAUAAAACCAUAUUACAUAUACCAACAUAUAAAAAUCAACCAACCUAAAUAAAAUAGUUUACAUAUUUCAUCAAGCAGAUUAAACUUAAACAAACAGUUUGUGUCUAAUCGAUUGUAAUUCCAUGUUACAUUACAAGUUCUGUUGCAAAGUUUUUAAGGACUUACUGAGUUUCGAACAAAUUCAAGACAAAAAUCAUUUUUUACAACUAUUUUUGCACAUAUGUGAUUCUAAAACAUGAUUAUUUCCUAAUCCCCAAUUACAAAAGUUCUAUUUUUUAAUUUAAUUCAAAUUUAUUCCAAUAAUAAUUUAUUCUCUAGUAGAAAACUGUGUGUAUAUGUCAAAUUUUAUUAAAUAAAAUACCUUCAAAGUGAUAUUCACUAGGAUAAAGCCCAUUGAUCAUUAAAUAUUCACUUGAAUUUGCAGUUCUAUAGAAACUAAAAUUUGUUUAUUCCAUUUUAUUUAUAUUUUUGUGAGAUAUAUUUACUUUAAAAACCCAAGUCCCAAUUGAUAUCAAAAAUUUGAGUAGUGUUGUUAUUUUGUAUUAGUAAGCUCUCAGCAGGGAACAAAGUAUGUUAAAGCAUGACAAUUACAAAAAAUCCACAACUGAUUUGUCCACAUACAUAUGUCUCCAUCAAUGUGUAUUUUACCCUUAUAAAAAAACUGCCGUGUUUUAAUUUUGUACAUUAGUAGUUAUAAAUAAAAAUAAUUUAAAAAAACACACACUACAUUCUACGGACAUAUUAAAUAUAAAAAAACAAAGAAAGCCGCCCAAUCUUUGUUUCUAGUGUAAAGUUUUUUUAUAUAUAUUUACUAAGUACGACAACAAAAAAUAUAGAUAUAAAUAUAAAAAUAAAUUUGCCUUAACUUUUAAAGAUCACUUACAAAUAAUGUAAAUAAAUAACAGGAAAUAUUAAAAUAAAUAUCUUUAAAAUUUACCGCCGCCUUUUAAAGAAUUUGUUUUAAAUUUAUUUUUUGUUUUUAAAUUUAAAAAAAAGUCAAAUAAAUCCUUAAAUCCAUUUCAUAAGAAUGUGUAAAUAUUAGUAUUUAAAUAUAAAAUAAAUUUAAAAAAUAUUCCAAAACUGUUUUGUGAUUCAAAUUUAAAACAAAAAAUUUUAAAUGAAUUUAAGUUUAAAUUAUUUUUAUUAUUAUAUUUAUAAAACUUUUUUAUAUAAUGUAAUUUAAACGCUAUCUAUAAUCAGUUAUUUUUUUUAUCGUUGCAGUCUUAGUUUAUUUUAUGUCUUUUCUGUUUAAAUUUUAAAAUAGUUGCACUUUUAAAUUUAAAAAAAAAUACAUACAAUAAAAAUAUUAAUUUUAGUUUUUUUUAAGUCACUGAACUAUAUAAUAUAGAUAUUUAUAUAAGAAAUGUAGUUGUAAAAAAUAAGUGUUAAAAUUUUAAGAAUUGAAAACUAAAUAUCUAACAAUUUUGUUUAAGCAACCGCCGCCACUGUUUGAAGAAAAUAGUUGAUAUUUAUUAUUCACCGAGAGAAUGUGUAGAUAUUUUUAAUAAACAUUUCAAAAUGUAUGUAUAUUUAUAAGAAAGAAAAAACAAGAUUUUUUAAAAUAUCUAUGAUAAUUUAAAAUGAUUUUAUUUUUCUUUAGUAAUUUAAAAAUAUGUUUGGUUUUAUUGUGAAAAAUCAACUAUACUCACAUUUAUUUAUUAGUCUACAAAAACAAACAUAACCCUAUUCUCAAAAAGCAAAAUAAAAUAAUUUAAUUAAAUUAAAUUUAAUGAAUACUAUCACAUUUUUUAUACACGAUUGAUUGACUAAAUAAUGUAUGUGUGUGUAUGUAUGUGCAUGUAAUCUAUCUGCAUUAACAUUAAUAUCCAUAAACAUAAUUUUCAUCGUUAUUUAUAAUUGUAUGUAUGUAUACAACAAUAAAGGAUAAAAAAAACUUAAGUUAAACAAAAUUCACGUAAUUUUUAGUAAUGUGUAGAUGAAUAAUUAAAUUAACAAAACGUAAUAAGAGAUCAUAAUCAAGUUAAUGCAUUGCAUUCACUUUUAGUAAGAAAAAAACAGCAUUAUUUGUAUAUUAUAUAAUAAAAUUAAAAAAAUCGUUUAUAAAAUAAUAUUUAAUUAAAAAAAAGAAAAUAAAAAAGAUAAUAAUAUUAUACUGUACAAGAAAAAUUAAUUUAAAAAUACGUAUGAAAAUAAUUUAAAAUAAAAAAAAAAUAAUAAAAAAAA